ACAGAUUCAAGCCGGGGUCCUGAAAAUUCUAGAGGUAGAGGAAGAAGUGAACGAAAUCGCGGAAACAACUCAGGAAGAGGAAGAAGAAAUAACAACAAUGGAGGCCUUGAUGAUUCCCCGGACACCGGUAGGAGUAACGACAGCAGACGCGAAUUCGUAGUGAGAAGAAUGCCAUUCAAACAAGCAGAAACUCUCAGCAACAACGAUGACGUAGAGGAAGUUGUACAAAAAGUCUUCAAUGACAGAUCCGGUUUCAAAUUGGUACUCGAAGACAACGAACUCAGCGGCGAUUGGAUAUGCCUCAUUGCCCACAUCUUGAGCAAAGUUUCCCGCAGCAGCUUCCAAACUACCAAACUGAAGAUUUACAAGGAUAUCUUCGCUAACAGUUCGUUUGCUAAGCAACUGAAGGCGUUCGUUGUCGGUUUACCGUACCAGGAUGACAGAGAGAAGAGAGGAAACAGCUUUUUCUGGAGAGACAGUGACAUGUUCUGGAUGGACCUCAUUGAAAUUUUCAAGGAUAUUAUAACGACUCCGACUUUCGCUGGCGAAACCUUACCUACUCUUCUCAAGGCCAUAGUGAAUAAUCUCCCGACCUUGGAGGAAGAACAGAGUAUGCAUAUAUCUGAAGGUAUCAAGACAGAAUUCUUAGCGUUGAAGAUUAAAGUGGAAGACAUGAAGCAAACUAUGAAGGAUCGAUAUCAGUCACAGCAAACGACUCACUCUAAUAAUUAUAGAGAACAAGAAGAUGAUUGGAUACCGCCGGAAGACUUCAGGACUAUAAGUGUGCUGCCCAAUGUCCAAGAAGUGACGUGCAAGGAAACACCGUUUUUGCGCUGUAAUAAGCUCAAAGGGAGUUACAAGUCCAUCGAUCACUACUUGGAUGUGCAAUUCAGACUUCUUCGUGAGGAUUUCGUCAAGCCCCUGAGAGACGGCAUUUGCCAGUUCCUGGAAAACCCCACGCAAAAACGCUACGACAAUAUCAAAAUCCACCCGAAGGUGCACUUCCUGUCCGAAGAGAACAUCAAUGAGUUGAAGUGCUUCCGCAUCAAAUUCGACUUCUCGAAGAAAACGAGGGCGCUGAAGUUCGAGAACUCCAAACAGUUUAUGUUCGGGUCGCUGGUUUGUCUCACCAGGGACAAAUUCGUGAAUUUGUUGUUCGCCAAAAUUGUAAAAAGGGACGCUGAUAUGAUCAAGAAAGGGGAGCUCGUUAUCGGUUUCGACGACAAUAACAACACUGAUUUGAACAUCAUUUUCAACGUCGAUUACAUAAUGGUAGAAAGCAAAGUGUACUUCGAACCGUACUACCACGUGCUCAUGGCCAUGCAAAGAAUGUCCAACGAGAAGUUCCCUAUGCAGGACUACAUCAUAUUCGGCAAUUCUAGAGUUCACCAACCUGAAUACAUGGUCGACGACAAUGUUUACCUAAGAGAUUGGAGGGUUAUCAGAGACCUGAACGGCUCUCAAGUAACUGCCUUCAGAGCUGCCCUCAGUCAGGAAAUCUCAGUCAUACAGGGUCCUCCAGGAACUGGAAAGACUUUCCUGGGACUGAAAAUCGCAGACACCCUGCUGAGGAAUAAAGAAGCUUGGUUCAAUCACACCCCCAUGUUGGUGAUCUGUUACACCAACCAUGCUCUAGAUCAAUUUCUCGAAGGGAUUGCAAAAAGCACCGAGAGGCUCCUGAGAAUUGGCGGACAAUCCAAGAACGAGAACCUCCAAAAAUUUAGUCUGAAGAACAAAAAGAAGGGAAAGAAGAACCCUUCGUUUUACCAAGCCCAGAGGGAGUUGAACGUCAGUUUGAACAGUUUGAAAGUUUGCGACAGCAUGAUCAACGAAGUCAGGCAGUACAAAGGAAUCUUGGAUUUUGCAUGUUUCAAACAUCUGAUAAAUGAAAACGAUAGAGGUAGUCAUUGGUAUGCGACCGCAUCGAAAGAAGAGAUCAAGCAAUGGUUGUUUGAAGGAUCAAGAGGUUAUGUUCCACCACCACCAGCUUCACAGCCUGCUCAACCACGAAAAGACCUCAACUAUCUCAGUUCCGACGAAGAUGAUGAACUCACCGACUUUUCGGAAGAUGAAGAAGAAGUAGAAGACGAAGAUUUCGUCCGCAUGCUCAGCAUUUUCGGUACUCACCGGAUAUCCAACAUACAAUAUUCAGUUACCGUUGAUUCCAUCAGCAAAAAAAUGUUGGAGCAAAAAAAUACUAUCACGAUAAGAGGAGGUCAAGCCAAUGACAAUAUUUUGCGGCAACUGCAAAACGAAAUGUUAUUUUUGGAGACAAAAAUGAACGAUUUGAGAAACAACCGAAUACCUCCAAUAUACAGCAGAGUCAACUACAACUUCCACGAGCUGAACCACAAUCAACGCUGGUCUGUGUACAGUUUUUUCGUGAAGCAGUAUCUCUCUCACUUGAUCGAGGAAAGAGAAAAAAUCAACAAAGUCUAUCAAGAGAAGUACGUCAUUUACAUGGAACAACGAGACAUGGAGGAUGUUAAACUUAUGCGAGAUAGCCUGGUGAUUGGCAUGACAACAACCAGUGCUGCCAGGCUCAGAUCGACCUUGAACGCACUCAAGAGUCCGAUAGUGAUCGUAGAGGAGGCAGCGGAAGUUCUUGAGGCCCACCUCAUAGGUGCCCUCACGGUACAUUGCCAGCAGCUCAUCCUGAUAGGGGAUCAUCAGCAGCUGCGUCCCACUACGGCCGACUACAAAGUGGAGACGCACUACCAGAUGGGCGUCAGUCUGUUCGAACGGCUGGUGCGGAACGAUGUGCAGUGCCACACGUUGAACGUGCAACACCGCAUGCGGUCGGAGAUAUGCAGCCUCAUUCGGCCAGCGAUCUAUGCGAAGCUGGAAGACCACGAGUCGGUCCUAGGACGAGAAAACAUAAAGGGCAUGAACAAAAACUUAUUCUUUCUGACCCACUCCAACAAAGAAGAAAGUUGCGGAGAUUCUACAAAGAAGAAUCUACACGAAGCCAAACUCCUCAUUAAUUUGGCCAAGCACCUCAUUCUGAAUGGCUACAAACCAAAUCAAAUCACCAUUCUUGCUGCCUACUUGGGGCAAAUGUUUGAGAUGCAAAGAGAAAGAAAGAAAAAUAGUCUGGUGCUCAGGGACGUGAGGAUUUCAGUACUGGAUAAUUAUCAGGGAGAGGAGAGCGAUAUUAUUUUGUUGUCAUUGGUCAGGAAUAACGCCGAGAUGAAGAACGGAUUUUUGAAGAACACUAACAGGGUGUGCGUCGCACUAUCACGUGCUAGAAAUGGACUGUACAUCAUGGGGAAUAUUCAGCAAUUGUGCAAUGAUCGUGAAUCGAUAUGGCACCAGAUAAAAGGAAAACUCGUUGAACAAGGCGCUCUGGGCGAAACCCUGGAGCUCCGUUGCCAGAUUCAUGACGUCAUCACCAAGGUGAAAAAAGACGAGGACUUCAACAAGUCGCCGGAAGGUGGCUGUUUGCGGCCGUGCAACGCAAGUUUGCCAAACUGCAGCCACUUCUGCAAGAUCAUAUGUCAUCUGGAAAACAGGGGUCACGAAGGGUACAAGUGCAUGGAGGCUUGUGGGCGUUCGCUCUGUACUAGAAAACCGGAGAAACAUAUUUGCACUUUGAGGUGCUUCGAGAAAUGCCCCCCCUGCUACUAUCUGGUCGGUUGGACGUUGCAUUGCGGCCAUCAAGUCACGCUGCCGUGCCACCAAGAUCCGAACACGCACAAAUGCAUCGAGCCUGUGCUAACCCUACUACCCUGCGGCCACAAGGAAAUGAAGCCCUGCCACGUCAGGCCGGAGGACUUUGCGUGUCCCGUAGACUGCAAGGCCACGUUGGAUUGCGGCCACGUGUGCAUGCUGAGCUGCCACGACAGGAGGGAUCCCGAUCAUCUGUCG